CCCCCCCCACACACACACACGCGCGCGCGCUCAGGUCGUGGCUCAACUGCGACUACAAGCUCCUGGGCACCCUGCCCAAGAAGCCCGUCACCGAGCUGAAGGUCCUCUUCUCCCUGUCGCCCCUGCCGAAGCCCAGCAUGGACCUGCUGUUCCCGGUGGUGACGAUGGCCCUGCUGCUGAAGGCCGGCGCGCAGGUGAUCGUCCACCUGGAUGAGCUCCACGCCUUCAUGAACAACCCUGCGUCCCUGGACAAGAUCCGCGCGCGGUCGCUGGCCUACCAGUCCAUCAUCUCCACCCUGCUGGGGCACCUCGGCCUGGACGCCGCGGCUGUGCGCUUCCACCACGGGCAGGAGCUCCUGGAGAACCCCUCCUACAUGAUGGACUUCUACCGGCUGACCAACAUGGUGACCGAGCGCGAGGCCAUGUCCAUGAGCCUGGGGUUCGAUCCGGCCGCGGCGUCGGUCUUGUCGCGCGAUCUGAGCCCCCUCUUCCGCGGGCUGAACGGGCUCUUCCUCGGGGCCGAUGUGCAGGUGGGCGGGCUGGAGCAGAUCUCCAUCUUCCAGUUCGGCCGCCGGCAUCUGUCCGACUACAAGGUGACCCAGCUGUCGAACCUGGCCGGCUCGUCGACCGGGACGCUGGCCAUCCCGAGCGCGCACCUGACCUCGCGCUUUGUGUCGGACCUGUCCUCGGGGCAGCUGUUCGGCGCGGCGGCCCGGACCACUCCCUUCCUGGAUGGCGGGCGCUCGGCCACGCAGAAGGCCGUGCGUGCCAUCUUCUGCGAGGAGGGCAACACCACGCGCAAUGUCCUGCUGGCCUUUGUGCAGCAUGUGGUGGCCCCGGUGCUGGCUCACUUCCCGGAGCAGACGGCCGCCCUGCGGGCCAGCCUGGAGGCCUCGGCCCCGGGGCUUUUCCCCCUGGCUGAUGUGGGCGUCAACUUCGCCGACAAGAAGAUCCACCCGGGUGACCUCAAGAACUUUGCCACCGACUUCAUGGCCGGCUUCCUGCCCGCUGGCCUGGUGGAUAUCAUCGCCCCGGUGUGGAUCCCCAACGAGGUGGCGGCCGAUGCGGCGGACCUGGUGGCCGAGGUGCUGGCGCGCGUGCGUCAGCUGGACCGCCAGCUCUUCCCGGCGGUGUUGGCCGCCAGCCCGGAGGCCACGGCCCCCCUGGAGGGCGGGCUCCUCAGCCACAUGGAGGCGCUGGAUGAGACCCUGCGCCAGGUGAAUGCCGGCGCGGAUGCCGUGCGCAAGGCUCGCACUUCCAUCACCAGCGGCACGCUGAAUCCCUCCAAGAACAAGCUCCUGUCGCUGCUGCCGGAGAAGCCGGCCGGGGCCGAGGACGGCCCCGACGACCUGGCCAACCUGUCCCCCGCGGCGGCCGGGCUCUUCCGCUGGCGCCAGGGCGCCCUGGUGGAGUCCAGUCCCAAGGACAUCGCCGCCAGCGAGUACUCCCAGAUGCUGUCGGCCUUCUCUUCGUUGGUGGUCUCCCACCGCGAGGACCCGGCCGCCCCGUCGCCCAUUGCCAAUGUCAAGCAUGCCGAGGUGGAUGACCUGCUGACCACCAUGCGCCGGAACAAGGAGCUCUACGAGCGCUUCUCCACCGAGGCCGACCUGCUGAAGGAUGCCGGGGCCCUGCUCCAGGCCAUCCGGGCCUUCGAUCGCCGCGCCACCGACAAGAAGGUCAAGGUCUUCACUCUGGACGUGGACCUGGUGGCCGGGCAGAUUGCCGACGUUCACAAGAAGAUCGCGGCCCUGCGCCAGGCUCUCCAGGCCGCGGGCUUCUAAAGCCGCGCGCACGACACAGAGAAGCACGCAGGCGUUUGGGCCCCCUUUUACGAGGGCCCGACCUUUUUCUUUUUCUUUUUUUUUUCCGAUCUUCUCCCUCCCGCGUAUAUCCCGUGCACGCGGGGGCCAACACCAUAAUACACAUGUGCGAGAGCUCGAAAGAAGGAA